AUGCGUUCAUCGCGACAUGAUCUGGAGAGGCUCAUUAUCUUGGCCCAAAUAGAUGGCAAACGUGCUCGGGGCAGGGCGCCUGCAAGAUGGUCUGAUGCUGUGGAGGGGGCAGUGGGCCGUAACGGGCUGUCUAUGAGUCGCAUGAUCGAACUGGUUGGCGAUAUAAUGUUCGUGGUCACGAUCCUCAGCAGAAGAAGAAGAGAAGAUAAAGAAUUGUACCGAGUGUACCCAUACUUGGUGCCAGUGAAUAUUUCGGAUUUCAAACGAUUUCCUAGUGAAGGAGUCGAGCUUACUGGCAUAUGCCUUACAAAAUUUACUAAGUACAACUUCGAUAAAAUAGUGAGAGUCGCGGAGGAAUACGAUGCACACGUCCUUCUGAUACGACGCGUGCGCACCGACUGGCGAUGGCGGGCCCCCGGCAGGGCCUCCUGCCGGGCGGCCGGGACUCAAGGCCACGCGCCCCGAGCGGCCAACGCCUACCUAACGUUA